GGCAGAGCUAGAAUAUGCUGCUCUAACUCUCCGGGUGGGUAAAUACACUGUUGGGAGGAGGAAAGAGAAGAACGAGGAAAGAGAGAACAGCUCGUGUUUCCUUAACUCCUGAUCGGCUUGCCCCAAUGACGGAGCGAGUUCUGUAUUUUUCCUCCUGCGGCUUCUCUAAGCAGAAUUAAAGGAAACUUCCUUUCGCAUGAUGUCAGACUGCGAGGGAAUGGCUGUGGAUGACAGUGCUUCUGCUGCCAGCAGCAUGGAGGUGACAGACCGCAUUGCUUCACUUGAACAACGUGUUCAGAUGCAGGAAGAUGACAUUCAGCUGCUCAAGUCCGCUCUGGCAGAUGUCGUUAGGCGCUUGAAUAUUACUGAGGAGCAACAGGCCAUGCAGAACAAGAAAGGACCUACCAAAGCAAGACCACUAGUUCAAACACUGCCUUUAAAGACUACUGUCAAUAAUGGAACUGUCUUACCAAAGAAAUCCAGUGGUUCUCUACCUUCUCCAUCAGGAACCAGGAAAGAAAUUGUAUCACCAGCAGCAAAAAGCAAUAUUAAAAGAACCAACUCAGCUGAACGUGUCUCUCCUGGUGGUCGAAGGGAAAGCUAUGGAGAUUCCAAAGGCAGUCGCAAUCGAGCUGGAUCCACUAGCAGUUCAUCUAGUGGUAAAAAGAACAGUGACUGCAGACCCAAGGAGCCAAUGUUCAGUGCAGAGGAAGGGUAUGUUAAAAUGUUUCUGCGUGGACGUCCUGUUACCAUGUAUAUGCCAAAAGAUCAAGUGGAAUCUUACAAUUUGGAAGCAAAGGCAGAACUACCAGCCAAGAAGCUUAAACUGGAAUGGGUCUAUGGUUAUAGAGGUCGGGAUUGUCGCAAUAAUCUGUACCUCUUACCAACUGGAGAAACUGUUUAUUUCAUUGCAUCUGUUGUUGUAUUGUAUAAUGUUGAAGAACAACUGCAGAGACAUUAUAUUGGUCACAAUGAUGAUGUGAAAUGCCUAGCAGUACAUCCUGACAGGAUUACCAUAGCAACUGGUCAGGUUGCAGGGACAUCUAAGGAUGGAAAACAAUUACUGCCCCAUGUCCGCAUUUGGGACUCUGUUACUUUGAAUACACUACAUGUAAUUGGCAUGGGAUUCUUUGAUCGAGCUGUAACAUGCAUUGCAUUUUCUAAGUCAAAUGGAGGCAGUAAUCUGUGUUCAGUGGAUGACUCCAAUGACCAUGUGCUUUCAGUAUGGGACUGGCAGAGGGAAGAAAAGGUUGCAGAGGUCAAGUGCUCUAAUGAAGCAGUAUUUGCUGCUGAUUUUCACCCUACAGACACUAAUAUAAUAGUUACAUGUGGAAAAUCUCACCUUUAUUUUUGGACUAUUGAAGGGAAUUCUCUUAUUAAAAAGCAGGGAUUAUUUGAGAAACAGGAAAAGCCAAAGUUUGUCUUGUGUGUGACGUUUUCUGAAAAUGGUGAUACAAUCACAGGAGAUUCAAGUGGAAAUAUCUUAGUAUGGGGAAAAGGUACCAACAGAAUAAGCUCUGCGAUUCAAGGAGCUCAUGAAGGAGGCAUAUUUGCCCUUUGUAUGUUACGAGAUGGCACCCUUGUGUCUGGAGGUGGAAAGGACAGAAAAUUGUUAUCUUGGAAUGGGAAUUAUCAGAAAAUUCACAAAACUGAGAUUCUGGAACAGUUUGGUCCUAUAAGAACAAUAGCAGAAGGGAAAGGUGACAUUGUAUUGAUAGGAACCACUCGAAACUUUGUGCUACAAGGUUCUUUGUCAGGAGACUUCUCUCCCAUUACCCAGGGUCAUACUGAUGAGCUUUGGGGACUAGCAGCCCAUCCCACCAAGCCUCAGUUCUUUACAUGUGGGCAAGACAAACACAUUAUGCUCUGGGAUGCGAUCAGUCAUCGUCCAAUCUGGAACAAAACUAUAGAGGAUGCAGCACAGUCUUCCAGUUUUCAUCCUUCAGGGUCUGUAGUUGCAGUAGGAACACUAACUGGAAGGUGGUUUGUGUUUGAUACUGAAACAAAGGAUUUGGUCACUGUACACACUGAUGGAAAUGAACAGCUGUCCACAAUGCGUUACUCACCAGAUGGCAACUUCUUGGCAAUAGGUUCUCAUGACAAUUGCAUUUAUAUAUACAGUGUUAAUGACAAUGGAAGAAAAUACAGUAGAAUUGGCAAAUGUUCAGGUCAUUCCAGUUUCAUCACUCACUUGGAUUGGUCUGCUAACUCUCAGUAUCUUGUGUCUAAUUCAGGGGACUAUGAAAUCCUAUACUGGGUUCCUUCAGCUUGUAAGCAAGUAGUAAGUGUUGAAACCACUAGAGAUAUAGAAUGGGUUACUUACACCUGUAUUCUAGGAUUUCAUGUUUUUGGUGUGUGGCCAGAAGGUUCAGAUGGCACAGAUAUAAAUGCUCUUUGUCGCUCACAUGAAAGAAAAUUAUUAUCAACUGGUGAUGACUUUGGCAAAGUACAUCUCUUCUCCUAUCCUUGUUCACAGUUUAGGGCUCCAAGUCACAUGUAUGGUGGACAUAGCAGUCAUGUAACCAAUGUAGAUUUUCUAUAUGAAGAUACUCAUCUCAUCUCCACAGGUGGAAAAGAUACCAGUAUUAUGCAAUGGCGAGUUAUUUAGAAGAAUCCUUGCAUGAAGCUAUAUGUGCAUAUAAGAACUGGCCUUGCAUUGAAGUUCUGUACAAAAUGUAUAUUGAAAAUUUAACAGUAUGGUUACUGUCUAGCCUAGUCACUGUGAUUUCGAAAUUUUGAAGUUCUUACAAACCUCAGGAAAGUUAAGUCCUUGGCUACGUAUCAUCUUAUUUUGUUUAUUCAUUAAGCAUCACUUCAAAAAACAAUUAUCAUCUCUCUGUUUUUGUUGUACAUUAUAUGAAGAAAUUCAAGUUUAAAAUGAAGUCAUGGCUUGAAUAUUUAUGCAAUACACACAAAAAAACCUUUUCUAUUAAAUAGUCACCAAAAAGCUUAUUCUAAUAUUACACAUGGCUGCUUCGCUGUUUUAUUAUUUACCCACUUUGUACUGUCUAACUAUAUUGUUAGAAUAUCAGUGAUUGUAAAAUUGAUGGUACAUCUGUUUCUAAUAAACAGUGAAGAAAGCAGACAGAAACUUUAGGCCAAGGUGAAAUAAGUAAACAACCAUUAAGCACUGCUAUUCUGUGUUGUUCAUUUCAAUGGGACCUUCAUAGAUUUGCCUGUGAAAUGAAAUAAAUGGUUCAUGCAACAUUUUUGGCCAAGUUGUUACCAGAGUUAUAAGCCCUUUAAAAGGAGAAAUGUGAAGAUUAGAAUUUUCAUUAACUUGCAACUAAAUAAUUGAUUUCAGUAAGAUUAACACUGUUGGAUUGUGCUUUGAUUUCAUUAUCUCUGAAAUUAAACAUAUGUAGAACUACUGUAUCUCUGCUGCAGAAAUCCAGAUGAACGCCAGAUGGCAGGAAGGAAAUAAGAGAUUUUUUUUUUUUUUUGCCACCAUCUAGUGCUUACCCAUAUUUUUUGCAGUACAGAUAUGGUGGCCCUAAAUAUGGAGUACCACAGUUUUAACUUGAAUAUAUGAGCAGGAAUUACAGCUCCAACUUAAAUUGAAAGAUAAAAAUUUAAUGAACAUUUCUUACAAAUAAUGAAUCUACUUGAUCCCAUUUCAGAUGUUUCGUUGAUAGAGGAAAUCAUUCUGUAUGUUGAUCAGCAUGAAUGUUUAUACUUGUGUAAAAAUGUUAGAAGUUCAUAAGAAAUAGUAAGUCAUUCAAAGCUUUACUUGUCUUUUGCUUAUGGAUAUUGUAUAUUUGUAUUUUAAGGUCCAGUAGAUCAUGUAUAAAGAGAUCUUUUUAAGCUUACUAUAAACUGGCAGAGGAAAUGGGAAAAUAAACAUGUGAACCAUUAAGAAAGA